AGCGGCCGAUCGAGAUGGGGAAAGUGAGCAAGCCCAAGCGCGACGCCGAGGACGAGGACGAGCGGAACGGCGGCGGCGGCGAGGCGGCGGAGUCCGCGGAGCAGCGGCUCUACGAGGACGUGCCGGCGAUGCCGCUGAUGGCGCUGAACCACAUCUCCCGCCUCUGCAAGUCCGUGGACGCCUCCCUCCGCUUCUACGUCAGGGCCCUCGGCUUCGUCCUCAUCCACCGUCCUCCCGCCCUCGACUUCACCGGCGCCUGGCUUUUCAACUAUGGAGUUGGGAUCCACCUCGUCCAGAGAGACGACGCGAGGAGAGCGCCCGACGUCAACCCCGGGGACCUCGACCCAAUGGACAAUCAUAUCUCGUUCCAAUGCGAGGACAUGGACGCGGUGGAGAAGAGGCUGAGCGAGAUGAGGAUCAGGUACAUGAAGCGGACCAUCAACGAGGAGGAGGGCUCGCCCAUCGACCAGCUCUUCUUCAAGGACCCCGACGGCUUCAUGAUCGAGAUCUGCAACUGCGAGAACCUCGAGCUCGUCCCCGCCGGCGCGCUCGGCCGCCUCAGGCUGCCCCGCGACCGCCACAACCCGCCGCUCCGGAUGGACGCCGCCGCCGCCGAGGCGUGA